GCCUAUCCUCUUUUCUUGGUCUGGAAACCUGGGGAAACAAGUUAAGCUGAAGACCGAAGGGAGAGCUGGGUCAGGUGGCAACCACAGCAGCCCCAGGGACCUCACCAACUAUGGCCACCUGCCCAGAUGUGGAUAAUAGCUGGGUGCUUGCUGGCUCAGAGAGCCUGCCUGUGGAGACUCUGGGCCCAGAACCCAGGGUGGACCCAGAGUCUGAGAGAACCCUCCAGGCCCCUCAAAGCCCCUCUAAGGCAGAUGGUGAAGAAUUAUCUGGAACUGAGGAUGGAGAAGGGACCCUCUUUCAGACUGAAAGCCCUCAGUGUGAUCACAUUCUGCCAGAGGAGACAGAGGUCAAGGGCACUCUGGGAAAUGAUGGUUGUGAUGUGGAGCCUCCUGGCCCAGGAGACAUGGUGGUUCAGGAAGACUUGCAGGAGACUCCUGUGGCAACAAGCCUAGGACCAGACACACAGAACUUGGAGGACCAAAGCCCUCUGCAGAGCCUGUCUGCAAUCCCCAAAGCAGUUUGGAUCAGGGAGGAGGGCCGCUGUUCCAGCAGUGAGGAUGACACUGACGUGGAUGUGGAGGGUCUGCGGAGACGACGGGGCCGGAAGCCCAGCCCAUCUCGGCCUGGGACACUGUUGGAUGUGGAGGACCAGGCCAGGGGCGAGAGUGCUGGUGGGGAGCUGGGCAUCUCCCUCAACAUGUGCCUCCUUGGGGCCCUGGUUCUGCUGGGCCUGGGGAUCCUCCUCUUCUCCGGUGGCCUCUUAGAGUCGGAGACUGGGCCCAUGGAGGAAGCAGAACUUCAGGUCUUCCCGGAUACUGGGUCAGAGACUGAGUUGGUGAAUGCUGUGGGAGAUGGGCAGGAUAGGCUAAGGGAACAGCUGCAGGCCUCAGUGCCCCCUGACAAUAUCCCCAGUCUGCAGAACAUGGGACUUCUCCUGGACAAGCUAGCCAAGGAGAACCAGGACAUCCGCCUGCUGCAGGCCCAGCUGCAGGCCCAGAAAGAAGAGCUUCAGAGCCUGAUGCAGCAACCCAAAGGGUUGGAGGAGGAGAAUGCCCGACUCCGGGGAGCCCUGCAGCAGGGUGAGGCCUCCCAGCGGGCCUUGGAGUCAGAGCUGCAGCAGCUGAGGGCCCGGCUCCAAGGGCUGGAGGCCAACUGCAUCCGGGGCACAGAUGGGGUGUGCCUCCACUGGGGUAGAGAACCACAGGGUGGCAGGGCCAUCAAGGAGCAAGGCCACAGGGGGCAGGAGCCAGACCCUGGCUUCCUGGAGCAGAAGGAGCGACUAGAGGCUGAGGCCCAGGCACUAAGGCAAGAGUUACAGAGGCAGCGGCGGCUGUUGGGGUCUGUGCAGCAGGAUCUGCAGAGGAGCCUACGGGAUGCUGGCCGUGGGGCCCCAGCUCAUGCUGGCUUGAUUGAGUUAGGUCACAGAUUGGCCCAGACACUGCAGGGCCUGGAGAACUGGGAUCAAGACCCUGGGGUCUCUGUCAAUGUCUCAGAGGCCUGGCAUCAGAAACCCCAUUUCCAGAAUUCCAGGGAGUGGAGUGUAAAGGAAAAGUGGCGUGAUGGGCAGAGGGACCAGAAGGCUGAGCACUGGAAGCAUAGGAAAGAGGAAUCUGGCUGGGAAAGGAAGAAGAGCUGGGGGGGCGAGGAAGACAGGGAGCUGGCAGGGAGAUGGAAGGAGGGCAAACCAAGGAUGGAGGAGUCAGGGGGCAGGAAGGAUGGCAAGAGACAGGACCCCAAGGAAGCCCCAAAGAAAAGUGGGAGCCCCCACUCUGGAGAAAGGCAGAAGCAUCCACGAUGGAGGGAAGGGACUAAAGACAGUCAUGAUUCCCAGCCCGCCUGGGAGGAGCUGUUGAGGCACAAGUUCCGGGCCCCUCAGGGCUGCUCAGGUGUGACCGAAUGUGCCCGGCAGGAAGGCCUGGCCUUCUUUGGCAUGGAGCUGGCCCCAGUACGGCAACAGGAACUGGCCUCUCUACUGAGAACGUACCUGGCACGGCUGCCCUGGGCUGGGCAGCUGAUCAGGGAGCUGCCCCUCUCACCUGCUUACUUUGGUGAGGGUGGCAUCUUCCGUCAUGAUCGCCUCCGCUUCCGGGAUUUUGUGGAUGCCUUGGAAGACAGCCUGGAGGAGGUGGCGGUGAGACAGACAGGUGAUGACGAUGAGGUAGAUGACUUUGAGGACUUCAUCUUCAGUCACUUCUUUGGAGAAAGAGCACUGAAGAGGAGGUCAGGGAAGAAGGACAAGCACUUGCGGAACCCCAGAGAUGUGGGGCCUAGGGAGGAGCACAGCCACCGCCCCCACCCGCACCACCACCACCGGGGCUGAGUCCUGCCUGGGGGAAUGGCACUAACCUGGGCCCAGCCAAGAUCCCUAGUGUUAUCUGACCCCUGGAGGCCAGGAUCCAACCAUUCCACUGGCCUCUCUGGGUGUGGACUCCUUGGACAUCCUUCACAGAGGAGCACAAAAGCACCCAGCCCUGCACUGAUGCCACUUUUGCUAGAAAAAGGUUUUAGCUGGACCUGUCUUAUUGGCUAUGCAAAUGUAUGCAAAUGCUCAGGACCCUGGGACUGACUGUGGGCAGCUGGAUUGGGCUGUGCCAGUGUGGAGCAGGAAGGGAGAGGAGCCUGUUUUCAGUGGGGGAAGGGCAUUCUGUUUCUGAAGCCAAAGAGCUUUGGUCCCCUCCUGUGUGAGUGCCUCCAGCUCCACAUGCUGACCCAGUGCCCCCUGGGACUUGCCUGGCUGGCUGCCCAGCAUGAGGGCUUGCCCUGGAGUUUUGUUAGAAAUGGAAGCAGCUGUCCCUAGGGGGUAAAGCUCCCCCCACCCCCGCCCCCGUUUCUCAUUGGCCUCACCUCUCCUUACCUCCUGUCACCUCCCCGUGUGAACUAUAGGCUUGUGUAAACUAUAGAAUUGUGUGGGGACUUUUGUCACUUGGGGUGGUUUCAAAUCUCAGGGGCCACCUUGCACCUGCCACCUGAGUGAAUGGGAGCCAUCCUAGGCACUGGUACUCGGCCUUCUCAUGUGUGUCCUUUCUGCCUUGCCUUGCCCUCCCCACAAAACCCAGGCCCUCUGGGCUGGAACUUCACUGUUUUGCUCAAACCUGCCUGGGCUGUACUCCUGGGAGAGGUGGGUUUUUGAGCCUUGGACUCAAAUCCAGGCCAGUGAUCUUGGGCAAGUUAAUCUCUGGGAACUUUAGGUUUCUUAUCCUCAGAAAAGGGGACUGAAGGGCUGAGAAAGAGAUUAAAUAAAACAACGUCAACAAAAUGCCUGUCCUA